AUGGUUGUUAGAAUGCUUUAUGAAUGUCCAAUGCGAAAUAGACUUGAUGAACGGCAGAUUCCGGGUGAGCAAGAUGGCUUCGUCAUCCCGAUCAUCCUCCAUCCUCUUUCAGCUUCAGCUCGUACAACACUUCGUACAUCCCCACUUUUUCCAGGCCCAUUGCACUGUAUCGCAUUCAUUAUUGCGACACAAAACUUCUGCAAUUUCUGUUUGAAUUGCCAUAGCCCCAGUGAUAUUGUAUGGCAUUGCCGCAUUGUACGACCAAGGCUGGAAUUAGUUGUACGAGCACCAUCAGUGCCGCAUGUACAAGUCGUUCACACCCCAGCGAUGCCAAAGUGCGAGACACUUUACCUGGCAAAGACAGACUUGUACGCGAUGUGUGUCAAGGCUGGCGAGAGCGCCGCCUGUUCGACAGUCUGGGCUGGAGGCUAUGAUCCUCACGUACACAGAGUCUAUCCAGCAGGAGUCAGUGAUCUUCGAAGGCGUCGAGACCAUGCACGCUCUUCAAACAGAAAUGCCUUGCAACACUCUCUCCCGGAUGAUGCUCCUGUAGCAGUCGCAUAUCGUGAUCAUGAAGGCAAUAAAAUCCUGGCAACAGAUCCUGCUGUUGCACAGGCCGUCUCGGUGCCUUGUGCCAAUGGAGCUGCAAUCAUUCCCGAUCACUUGGAAGCCACCGACCCACUACACGAACCAUGCACGGAGAUCGCGCAAAUACAGCGGAGGCUACCAUUACCGUACCAAAUCCUGGAGAUUGUCACGUACCACAUCGAGAAUUUGGCAUGGCAUCAUCAAGUUCUGCAUGCACCGACGUUUCUCAAAGAAGUCAAUACUGUUCUCGAUGCGAGCAAAGGGAAGGUUCGUCUCAGCGAGCUCGACCUCCAAUGGUGUGCUCUUCUAUUUGCCGUUCUUGCGACGACUUUAGCAUGCAUGCAAGAUGAUGUGGCACUGCGUAUGGGCUUUCCUCUUGGCUCUAAACGACCGACUAGUCGCAGUUUCCACGAAGCUGCCAUGAGAUGUCUAUCUCUAGGAGACUUCGCGUCUAGGCCACAUGUAUGCUCUGUCCAGACCAUCCAGGUCCUUAUGGGUAGCAGCCAUCUACUCGGAUAUUCCAAUCAGCAAUUUGUGAUGUUCGGUAGCGCGCAUCGUAUCGCGCAGAACCUCGGACUUUCGAAGUUGAAAGACGACUCCGAUUCAAGCAAAGGUGGGUAUGGAGCCAAGAUGAGAGAUCCAAUCCAAAGAGAAGUGGGUCGCAGAAUCUGGUGGUGCAUGGCUAUGCAGGAUUGGUUGUCAUUACCAUCAUAUGACAUGUUUGCCAUUCACCCCAAACACUUCGCGAUCCCCCGACCUCGUCACAUCGACGGUGGUGAGCUGAAGGAAGUGGCACAAUACUUCAAUUAUGUUUUGAACAUCGCUUACGUUGUCAUCGAAUACCAUAUUGCAAGCAUGGAAGAAACAGUGGCAACGGAUCCUACAACCAAAUACGAGCUGGUCUUGAAUUACGACUCCAAGCUGCGGGAUCUCGCACCCUGGCGACCGACCAUUACCGCAGAUUCUCCUCCUUGGUUGCGAUGGGCCACUUCCUCCGCCAGAAUCAUACACGCUCACAAGACUAUAAUUCUGCACCGUCACUUCCUGGGGAAGUCUUUCCGUGACCCAGCGUACGCAUAUACACGAUGGGCAUCAAUCACAGCUUCCAAGAACAUCAUAGCAGAAACUGCAGCUGCGUUCUCGAUUCCUGAUCGACCGCACGUCUGGACAAUUCACGCCCAUCUCACGGGUGCAGGAGUGACAUUAUGCCUCGACAUCAUGCACCGUUCUCCCUCCGAACCGGAAUAUAUUUCUCACCUCGAUCUUGUCGAGAAGGCCCUGACACUUCUCGAUCAAGUGAGCUCAGAUAGUGACCUUGCUUCUCGCGGCCACCGUCUCCUGAGUUCAAUGCUCAAAGAAAGCGUAUAUGGAGCUGGAUUUGAAAAUGAAAAGAAUGCCUCUACGGCAAUCAAGCACUCCUCUCGCCUUCACGAAGCUGACGAUAGUAUUGACUCUUGGCCUAUUCGAGGCACAUCGGCUAUCUUAGACACCGAGGAAACUACACUUGAAGCCCUUGGUCAUACCGGUGACCCACAUAUCUCGCCAAAUGGCAAUCUCGUUGAUGAAGGAAGCUGGCCUGCUACUGCUGAUAUUGGAAACGGCAGCAGUGAAGAAAUGAGUUGGACUGAGCUACUGACUGAGUUUUUCCCUGAUCAGUUCGACAUGGAGGUUAUGGACUUCAUCAAUACGAUGAAUACAUUCAAUGGUAAGCCUGGUGAGUACUGACCUCAUGGAAUACGGCUAUGGGUUCACGCCCUCUGGUAAUAACGAAGAAUGAGGAGGAAAUGUAAUCGAUGUACUGCCAUCCG